GUGGACGGAAGUUGGUGUUAGGUGCUGGAAAAGCCUCUUCAACUUCAUCUGUACCUGUCAUAUCAAGAUCUGUUUCCGGUAUUUACAAGUCACAGAGCAUCAUGACAUCUUCAACAUCUAGAAAGGCUGUUCAUUUAAUUAAACAUCGAGUAAAGGUGAGUGCGUGUACAGUCAGCAAGAAAGACAAUGCAGCAACCGCUGUAUCUUCUGAAGAAAGCACGCAAGAGGUUUCAAGACAACCAGCAAAAGGCCAUCCAAAAGGAUCAAUAUCUUCUGGAUCUAAAUCAUCUCAAACAAGCAGAACUUUUGUUUCUGCUUCUAAGCAUACUUUAUCAGAUUCAAAAGAACAACUACUUUGUCCAUCAUCAAAAGCAGAAGAGACAACAGUUGUGUUAGGCUCUGGUGAAACAAAUGAAUCAUCACAGACUCAAACUGCCUCUGUUCAAAUCAAGAUGUCUUCAAACUCAAGCCAGAAAAAUGAAAAGACCCAUCAACCAAUUCCCCUACCCUCAUCAAAAGUGUUCAAUAGUUCAAUGCCUAUGCAUCCGCCAGCACCUGUUAAUGCUACCACAACAUUAAGUGAUGAAGAGCUUGCACUACUUCUGCAUCAAGAGCUAAACAGCUCUCCUAGGGUUCCUAGGGUACCACGUGUGCGGCAGGCAGCUGGCAUGCAGUUGGCUCCAACUACGAGUGUGCUUUCAAAACGCUCUUCUGGGUCUAGUGGAAAGGAUCAACGUUCUUCUCGGUCUGGUGGAAAGGAUCAUGUUUCGGGUUCUAAAAGGAAGGAUAAAGAAGAUGCAUCCAGAGAGAGUUCCCGUAAUUCUCGUGAGAUAAAUGAUGAAACCAGAAGGAUCUGCAAGGUACAGUCUUCACCUGAGUGGAAACAUCAAGAAUCUUCCUUCAUGUCCGAUGGUUCUGCCAAGAAGGAUACACAGAAUAGAUCUUCUGAUACUGUGACAUCAGUGAAGAAAAAUAUUCCUCUUGCCUCCACUGUAGGUACAAACAGUGGUCCUCCUUCAUCUGAGGCCACUGGAUCAACUUCAUCAAUACGUAACUCACCUAAGGAUGUUCCGAGUGAUGAUGGUACUCUUGCUUCACGCACUUUGCCAGGGUUAAUUGACGAGAUAAUGAGUAAGAACAGGCACAUUACAUAUGAGGAGCUAUGUGACGCCGUUCACCCUUACUGGAAUGAUCUGAGAAAGCCAAAUGGGGAACGUUAUGCUUAUCCUAGUCAUUUACAUGCUGUUCAUGAUUGUCUGAGAAACAGGAGUGAAUGGGCUCAUCUCAUUGAUCUAGCCCCGAAGACCAAUUCCAGCAAGAAGAGGCGAAAGCUUGAUUCUGACAUGCCAACCACAGAAUCAGAAAAUGAAAAGGCCAAGAACAAGGCAUCCGGGAAGGUAGAAGAUAGGGGUGCGGAGUCACAUCAUGAAGAUUUCCCAAAGGGCAAGCGAAAGGCCCGAAAGCGGAGAUGGCUUGAACUGCGAGGCAGGGGUGUGAAGGAGGCCCGGAAGAGACGCAAUCAGGAUGCUCUGCCGAUGAUGAUCCUGAUACCUUCUCUCAUUCUAGCAACGAGGGUAAAAAAACUAUUUAGCGAGGAUGAAAGCCCGGCAGUUGGGUCACAUGCUGUUGGAGCCGAUCUCUCCAGUUCUAGCUCCGAUGAUACUUAGUGAAGCAAUGCUGAUGUUGUUUUUUUUUAGAAACACAUCAUCAAGAACAUGGAUACUUAGUUGAUGUUGGUUU